AUGGAUUCGGUCAUGCUGGGAAGCUUGAACCUGUACCGGAGGAUGCUAAGAGAUGACUUGCCGCCCAAUGCGCUAUUCCACCGAGUGGAGCAGGACGGAAUGGCGUUGAAGUCCUUCGGCCAUGGAAUUGCAGGCAUGAUGGCAGGGUGGACAGUCUGUGUCAUUGCGACACCAGUCGAACAUAUCAAAGCGCGGCUACAGAUACAGUACGCUGCAAACAAGGCGGACCGGCUCUACAAGGGGCCGAUCGACUGCUUCAAGAAGAUCUAUGUUGCCCACGGCAUGAAGGGGCUCUUCCAUGGCUUUCCUGCCACGCUGGUGUUCCGCUCUUCUUUCUUCUUCUGGUGGUCUUCGUACGACAUCUUCUCUCGAUAUCUGCACACUCACUCAGCCCUCUCCAUUCCGUCGAUCAAUUUCUGGGCUGGAGGAGCUUCCGCACAGGUCUUUUGGCUCUUCUCCUACCCGAGCGACGUGGAAAGCUCAAUGACGGAACUCGUCGUUUUGCAAGAUGGCUCGACGCUGCCAGAGCUGUCUAUGCUGAGUAUGGCUGGAAAGGCUACUGGCGCGGCUUCGCGCCCUGCUUCUUGA